GCUGUAGAGGGUGAUAAGCUCUCCCCUGAGCCUUCUCCAGGCUAAACAAUUCCAGUUCCCUCAGAUGCUCCUCGUAAGUCUUGUGCUCCAGACCCCUCAACAGCUUUUGCCCUUCUCUUGGACACGCUCCAGUGUCUCAAUGACUUUCUUAUAGUGAGGGGUUUUAGGGUAUGUUUGCCAACCCUGUACCUGUUAUGUUUUUGGAGUAGUCCCAGUUCUUGAUUGUUCUGUGUCUCUGUCUGGGGUCAAGAUUCAGUCUGUUGGAUAAUUCCAUUCCAGGAAGUUUCUAUUUGCUGUUGGCCUUGGCUGGAUGUAGCGUUGUAAGGUGGGAAAGGGAUUGGUGGGUGCUGUAGGUCCAGUCAUUUGAGAAUAACCAGAUUUGAGCCUGUACCUGUUCAUUUGGAUAACACAAAUAGGAUAGCUCAGUUGGAAGGGGCCUACAAAGAGUAUCUAUUUAAAUUGCCUGAUUGCUACAGAGCUAACCGAAAGUUAAAGCAUGUUAUUGACAGCAUUAUCCAAGUGCCUCUUGAACGCUGACAGACUUAGGGGAUUGAAUACCUCUCUAGGAAGCCUGUUCUGUUGUUAGACCGCCCUCACAUUAAAGACGUUUUUUUCCUACUGUCCAGUCUGAACCUGUCCAGCUUAGUGCUGUUCCCUCAGCAGAGCAGAGACUGGGACGUACCCCUGGGCUUCCCCUCCUCAGGAAGUUAUAGAGAGCAAAGAGGUUGACUCCUGCCCUCCUUUUUUCCAGACCCAUGUGUCCUCGGCCUUUCCUCAUAUGCCUUCCAGCCCUUUUACUACCUUUGUUACCCUCCUCUGGAUGCUUUCAAAUACCUUAACAUCAUAUUUAUAUUGUGGAAAUUAGAACUGCACACGAUACCUCAAGAAACCGUUCAUCAUGUUAGGCUCUGGGUUCAAGGCUGAGCGCCUGCGUGUCAACCUACGCCUUGUCAUCAAUCGCCUCAAACUGCUGGAGAAAAAGAAGACUGAGUUGGCCCAGAAGGCGAGGAAGGAGAUUGCGGAUUAUCUGGCAGCUGGAAAAGAUGAGCGUGCCAGGAUUCGUGUGGAGCACAUCAUCCGUGAAGAUUACCUUGUGGAGGCCAUGGAGAUCCUGGAGCUGUACUGCGAUCUACUGCUAGCCCGCUUUGGCUUGAUUCAGUCCAUGAAGGAGCUGGACUCUGGCCUGGCAGAAGCAGUGUCUACACUGAUUUGGGCUGCACCACGACUCCAGUCAGAAGUGGCUGAGUUGAAGAUUGUUGCUGACCAGCUGUGUGCCAAAUACAGCAAGGAGUAUGGGAAGCUGUGCCGCACAAACCAGAUUGGAACAGUUAAUGACAGGCUGAUGCACAAGCUGAGUGUGGAGGCACCACCCAAGAUUCUGGUGGAGAGAUAUCUCAUUGAAAUUGCCAAGAACUACAAUGUUCCGUAUGAACCUGACUCAGUGGUGAUGGCUGAAGCUCCUGCAGGCGUUGAGGCAGAUCUGAUUGAUGUGGGAUUCACAGAUGAUGUGAAGAAAGGUGGCCAUGGAGGUGGAGGAGGUGGUGGAUUUACAGCCCCACUGGUUGGUCUUGAUGGUUUAGUGCCUGUGCCAAUGCCUAUGCCCAUGCCAUCAACAAAUCCUCCCUUCUCCUAUCCACCUCCAAAGGGACCGGAGAACUUCAAUGGCCUGCCAGUGGGGACCUACCAGCCUUUUACUAACAUCCAUCCACCACCAAUUCCAGCAAACCCACCAACGUAUGAAUCUAUUGAUGAGCCUAAUGCUGACAAGGAUGCUGCUUCUGCAUCGGUGGCAGGGCCUGGACCCAAGCCUGAAGCUUCUCCAAAGCCAAGAGUUGGACCUCCUAAUACCAUUGAUAAUUUUGUGUUGCCUGAAUUACCUUCGGUGCCGGAUACACUGCCAACAGCAUCUGCUGGUGCCAAUUCUUCUGCCUCUGAAGACAUUGACUUUGAUGAUCUUUCUCGGAGAUUUGAGGAGCUAAAGAAGAAAACAUAAGACUGAUUGGGCUGUGACUCCCCUGAAAGGGCAGGAGCUCUGACUGCUGCUUCUCUCUGAAACACUCCCAUAAAUUGGUUUCCUGUAUUAACCUGAAAUGAACACUUCUUUUUGAGCUCUCUUCCUGCUGUACUUAAACCAAGUGCUGCUGCUUUCCCAGUCCUUGUUGCUCCAGGAGUUGAACUGUGGAGACUCUUAAGAGAUGAAAGCAGGGAACAGCUCCAACCAAUCUAGGUAGCUAUAGAGAAAGGCCUUGCUUGGUUGACAUUCCUGGCUGUUUCUAUGGCAGCUCUGUGCUCUCUUCCACAGAGAAGGGUGAUGAAGGUUGAAAGGGCUUUCUCCUCGUGUUUCUGGUUUCAAGGGGAGUGUUAUCUACAAGCUGCCCUGCUCUGCUUAAUGGUAUGUGUGGUCAGGGUGGUAUCUCUCUCUCUCUCUCUCUCUCUCUCUCUCUUUGGUAAGAUUUUUAACUAAUUGGGGCAGAGGCAGGAACUACCAUUAUGAGUAGACAUGGUAUUGCCCUUUAGGCUUUGUGGUACCCUGGCACUGGUGCCAUCCCUGUGGCUCCAGCUGGCUCCGGUUGCAGUUUGUGUUGGAAACCACUCCUUCAGACUCUCUGAACUCUCAGGGAGCCCUCCGCAGCUGUUGCUGCACUACCUGCAGGGAGGGCCUGCUCCCCUUUCACCCAGGAGCAGUGCUCAACAGUUUCCUGCUCCAGCAGCGUGUUCAGACAACUGCUGCAAGCGUGUGUGGGGAGAGCAGAGAGUGGGCCUGCAGAGCACUGCAGUGUGUUCUGGCUCUGCCAUGGGCUAAGCCUGCCCCAUUCUCCCAGGGCCUCCAAAAGCUGUGGAGAGCUGAAGUGUUUUGGAAUCCGGCUGCUUGGCAGAGCAGGGUGAUAGGAAGCCUCUGGCGUGAUGCCGGCAGAGCUGCUUGUGCAGUGCUGGUUGGUUUCUGUCGGGCGGUGCUGUUCUGUUCGGGGGGAGGCGUUGCUGGAUAUGAUGUAGGCUCUUCUGUACAAUGUAUCUGUACAUAACACUACUUUUCUUUGAAGUUCUGGGUUGAUUUGUAUCUUAAGAUUAGUUCCUAAUAAAGAUGGGCUGCGAGCAGCUGUG